AGAGAUCCGGAACAAAUGCAAGGGAAAUACGCGGCGGAUCCUGCAUGUCCUGGCAGUGUAUAUAUAAAGGCAGGCGCGGGGUGGAGCGGCAAGACUUGUGCUCGCCUCAGGAGUGGUGGCAGUAGCAUUCUUUCCCUCCCACCGCACACACUGAGAAUGGGCGUGCGAGUGUUGGUGUUCCUGGCGGCGGCGGCGGCCGUCGCCAUGGCAGGCUACAUCCCGCCAACCAAGAGCUUCGGCGCUGGAUCAUCGGCAGGGUCCAAGGCUUCGGCAUCCUCUUCUUCCUCUUCCUCUGCCUUCGGCUCCUCCUCCGCAGGAGCCUCAUCAGGAUCAGGAAGCUUCAGUGCUGCUGGUGGUCAUGGCGCCGGCGGUUCUGCUGGUGGCCACGGCGCUAGUAGUUCAUUCGGUUCUGCUGGUGGUGCUGCUGGUGGUGCUGGUGGCGGCCACGGCGCUGGCGGUUCAUUCGGCUCUGCUGGUGGUGCUGGUGGCGGCCACGGCGCUGCCGGUUCAUUCGGCUCUGCUGGUGGUGCUGGUGGCGGCCACGGCGCUGCCGGUUCAUUCGGCUCUGCUGGUGGUGCUGGUGGCGGCCACGGCGCUGGCGGUUCAUUCGGUUCUGCUGGUGGUGCUGGUGGCGGCCACGGCGCUGGCGGUUCAUUCGGUUCUGCUGGUGGUGCUGGUGGCGGCCACGGCGCUGGCGGUUCAUUCGGUUCUGCUGGUGGUGCUGGUGGCGGCCACGGCGCUGGCGGUUCAUUCGGUUCUGCUGGUGGUGCUGGUGGCGGCCACGGCGCUGGCGGUUCAUUCGGCUCUGCUGGCGGUGCCGGUGGUGGUCAUGGCGCUGCCGGUUCAUUCGGCUCUGCUGGUGGUGCUGCUGGCGGCCACGGCGCUGCCGGUUCAUUCGGUUCUGCUGGUGGUGCUGGUGGCGGCCACGGCGCUGGCGGUUCAUUCGGUUCUGCUGGUGGUGCUGCUGGCGGCCACGGCGCUGGCGGUUCAUUCGGUUCUGCUGGUGGUGCUGGUGGCGGCCACGGCGCUGGCGGUUCAUUCGGUUCUGCUGGUGGUGUUGGUGGCGGCCACGGCGCUGCCGGUUCAUUCGGUUCUGCUGGUGGUGCUGGUGGCGGCCACGGCGCUGGCGGUUCAUUCGGCUCUGCUGGCGGUGCUGGUGGUGGUCACGGCGCUGCCGGUUCAUUCGGUUCUGCUGGUGGUGCUGGUGGCGGCCACGGCGCUGCUGGUUCAUUCGGUUCUGCUGGUGGUGCUGCUGGCGGCCACGGCGCUGCCGGUUCAUUCGGUUCUGCUGGUGGUGCUGCUGGUGGUGCUGCUGGCGGCCACGGCGCUGGCGGUUCAUUCGGCUCUGCCGGAGGUGCUGCAGGCGGCCACGGCGCCGGCGGUUCAUUCGGCUCUGCUGGCGGCCAUGGCGCCGGCAGUUCAUUCGGUUCUGGUGGCGGUGCGGCUGGUGGUCACGGCGUCAGCGGUUCAUUUGGUUCUGGCACUUCCCAUGGAGCAGGUUCAUCUGGCUUCGGAACUUCUCAAGGCGCCGGUGCAUCGGGUACCAGCACUUCUCAUGGCACCAGUUCAUUCGGUGCCGGUGCAUCUGGUUCUGGCGCUUCUCACAGCUCAGGUGCCUUCGGUUCCGCUGGUGCAGGCACUGGUGCCUUCGGUUCCGCUGGUGCAGGCCACGGCGGUUCUGGUGCCCUCGGUUCAUUCGGCAGCGGUGCAGGAGGUCACGGGGCCGCUGGAGGCUUGGGAGCUGGUGGGCACAAGGUGACAGUGGUGAAGCAGACACGCCCAGGGUCAGUCUUCGUUGCUUCCAAGGGCACGGCUCCUGAUGGCUCCUUCCACUCCAGCUCAUCCUUCUCCUCCUUCAGCUCCUCAAGUGGGAAGGGAAGCGCAACUGCCUCCGUGCACGGUCCCGGAGGAUUGCUCACCGCCACUACUGUUGGCCGUCCCGGACAGUGUCCCUCUAUCACCUCCUGUGGUUCUGUAGGGUAUGGCGCCAAGUGUAAUUCAGACACUGACUGCAGCAAUCCAACAGACAAAUGUUGUUUCGCUCCCUGCUUCGGCAACCAAUGGACGUGCACAAAACCCCAAGCGAAGAAGCCGUGGUAAGGCCUUCUAGCAAGCGCCCAUCGCCCCGCCUCCACAACACGCGACCUUUUCGUUGACAGGGACGAGAGAAGACGACACUGCGGUGUUUACGAUUGAGAUAAUAAUGCCGUGUCCGUGAAGCUUCGUUAGUAGUGCUGAACAAGAAUUCACGAAGCGUUCAAGAGUGAUGGGAAGCCAACAUCGUGGUUUCCUCGUGGUUUCUUUGCUAUAAUUGUUUCCAUAUGGCUUUGUUGGUAAUACAAAUAAAGAUGAAAAUUUGUUGACAAACGUAUAAACAAAAC